GGCGGAGGGACGAGGACCUGAUUGCGCUUGGGCCGCCGCUCAUCACAGUGUUCUUCCUCUCGCCCCGCGCAGCGAUGAAGCCGGCGCCCGAAACAGUACGCAACAAAGCCAAGGAGUUUUACGACGCAUACGUCAAAGAGAAGAACUCUCAGUUCAUCGCCUCGCUCAUCAGGCACUUCUCGAUUCGUGCGCCAAGAGGGCCAGGCUCGAAGAAAUGGAGGGCAAAGUUCGGCUGCAGUUCUCGAUGGGCCCGAACCCGUGCUCGGCGGCGACGAUGGAGCUGUUCGAUCUCAUCCUUCAGGAUCUGCAGGCCAUCCAGUUGAUUGGCUCAGCGCCGAAGGGUCCGCUCGAGCGACAGGUCAGCAGCAUGCUCGAGAGGGAAGGUCAGAAAUGAAGCUUGUGCCGCCUCCUGCCUUUGCCUCUAGCGCUCGCUUUCGAGAGCUGGCCGCGCGUGGGGCCAUCAGUCAGAGUUCUCUUGCUGGAAUUUGUUUAGCGCCACUCUCAGA